AUGCCAAUGCUUAAGGAACCGUGGAGGAAAUACAAGAAGUUUCCUCCCCUCAACCUGCCCAACCGGCAAUGGCCGUCCAGGACUCUCGAUGCGCCCUGCAGAUUCCUCGACACGUCUCUUCGCGAUGGAAACCAGAGUCUGCCGAAUCCCAUGGACGGAGAUGAGAAAUGGCGUUAUUUCAAGAUGCUGUGCGAUAUCGGCUUCAAGGAGAUUGAAGUGUCGUUCCCUUCCGCGUCCCAGGUCGACUUCGACUUCACCAGACGCCUGGUCGAGACUCCGGGGGCCAUCCCCGACGAUGUCGCCAUCCAGGUCCUAUCCCCCUGCCGCCCGCAGCUGAUCAAGCGCACCGUCGAGGCUGUUCGGGGAUCCAAGAACGCCAUCAUACACAUCUACCUCGCCACCAGCGAGUGCUUCCGCCGCGUCGUCUUCAAUUAUUCCGAGGAGGAGAGCCUGGCCCUGGCCGUCGAGUGCACCAAGCUCGUCCGCUCCCUGACAAAGGAUGCCCCCGGAAACACGACCAACUGGCAGUUCGAGUUCAGCCCAGAGACCUUUUCCGACUCGUCGCCCGAGUUCGUCGUCAGAAUUUGCAAUGCCGUCAAGGCCGCCUGGGAGCCCACGGUCGAGAACAGGAUCAUCUUUAACCUGCCUGCUACUGUCGAGAUGGCUCCUCCAAACGUCUACGCCGACCAGAUUGAAUUCUUCUGCACCAACAUCACCGAGCGUGAAAAGAUCUGCGUAUCUCUGCACCCCCACAACGACAGGGGAUGCGCCGUUGCUGCCGCCGAGCUGGGCCAGAUGGCCGGUGCCGAUCGAGUUGAGGGAGUCAUUCUAGGCAACGGUGAACGUACCGGUAACAUUGACCUCGUCACCCUCGCCCUGAACCUGUACACCCAGGGCAUCAGCCCGGGGCUCGACUUCUCUGACCUCAACCGUGUCAUUGAGAUGGUUGAGUCGUGCACAAGACUCCCCGUGCACCCUCGCACUCCCUACGUCGGCAGUCUGGUGUACUCUGCCUUUUCCGGAAGUCACCAAGAUGCUAUCAAAAAGGGCUUCCAGGAGCGCGACAACGAAGUCAAGAAGACUGACGACGACACCAACACACGCUGGCAGAUCCCGUACCUCCCCCUCGACCCGGAGGACAUUGGCCGUACAUACGAGGCCGUGAUCCGUGUCAACUCGCAGAGCGGCAAGGGCGGCUCAGCAUGGGUCAUCUUCCGCAAGCUGCACCUCGACCUCCCCCGUGGUCUGCAGGUGGCCUUCUCGGACACAGUUCAGCGCGAGGCCAACCGUCUGGGCCGGGAGCUCCAGUCCGAGGAGAUCACCUCCCUAUUCGAGAGCGUCUACCUGCCGCCCUCCCCCCGCUUCGUCCUGAUAGAUUACAGCAUCACGCCCGACCGGUCCGCGUCGCCCAACCCCCCAGCCCCGGGCAAGACGCAGAGCACGCAGAACCUCAUGCGCCUGUUCGAGGGUGUCCUCUCCGUCGAUGGCAAGGAGGUGGCGCUCCGCGGCAAGGGUAACGGCCCCCUGUCCAGCCUCGCCACCGCUCUCAAGCAGCUCGAUGUCGACGUCGACGUCCAUGACUACAAGGAGCACGCCAUCGGCGAGGGCCGCAGCGUAAAGGCAGCCUCGUACGUCCAGGUCAAGGUUGGCGACAACAAUCUCACCUGGGGUGUCGGUAUCCACGAGGAUGUCGUCCAGAGCUCUCUCGUUGCCAUGCUGAAUGCCGUCAGCUUUGUCUUCCCUUCCAAUCCCAACAUCAUCAAGCCUGUCGCCGUCCGUCCCGAGGGCUCAACCGUGGUCGAAGCCCUGGAGGAAAAUGUCAAGUCAUCUUGA